CAUUUCUCCCCCUCCCCCAUCCCUUGUUUUCUCCGGCAUUGAUUCCGGUUCACUUCCUUACUGCGAGGUUUGAUUGUUAGUUUAUUCUUCUUCUCCUCCUCGAUCAGAGAUGUCGACCUCGGUGGACGGAAACGGCGCGGUAAUCGACCCGCAGCAGCUCACCUCCGGUAUCAACGCCUCCAAUGGGGCCUUAGUCGUGAAGAAGCCUCCGGCCAAGGACCGCCACAGCAAGGUCGACGGCCGCGGGAGGCGCAUACGCAUGCCGAUUGUCUGCGCUGCCAGAGUUUUCCAGCUCACGCGGGAGCUCGGCCACAAGUCCGACGGCCAGACCAUCGAGUGGCUUCUCCGCCAGGCCGAGCCGUCUAUUAUAGCCGCUACCGGGACCGGAACUAUCCCCGCUAGCUUCUCCACGAUUUCGCCUCCCGCGAGGAGCUCCUCGUCGUCCAUGGGAGCGUCUUUAUUCUCGUCGCUCGAUCACAAGCCGAUGGCUCAAGCGCCGCCGUUCCUUCUCGGCAAGAGGCUGCGGAGUGAGGAGGAGGAGGAUAGCCUGGAUGACCACAACGGAGGCGGGAACAAGCAACAGGAUGUCGUGGUCGGUCCUACUGCCGGAUUCUGGGCCGUUCCUGGCAGGCCGGACUUCGGCCAGGUCUGGAGCUUCGCCGCGGCUCCUCCUCCUCACGAGAUGGUGGUGCCGACACAGGCGGCGGCCGUAUUGAAUUCACAGACUUCUCGGUUUUUCCAGCAGCAGUUGGGCGAAGCGUCGGCGGCUAGGGUUGGGAAUUACUUGCCAAUCGCACAAGGACACCUCAAUUUGCUAGCAUCCCUUUCCGGCCGAAGAGAAGACGACGGCCGUUGAUACUUCUUCUUCUUCUUCCUCAGAUGAUACUCGUAUUAUUACUACUAUUAUUAUCAUCAUCAUUAUAUUGUUUUGUGAACCUGACUAUAUAUAUUUCUGCCUUUGCUGCUAUUGUAUUGUUUGCUCUUCUUCUUCUGUAGAUGAAAAACUGUUAGAGUUUUAGGUUUAGGUCUGUACUGAGUGAUUAAUAACUAGGGUUUUUGUGAAUUGUUGUUAAAGUUUCAGGGGUGAUUUGCUUAUUUGCAUUGCUUAAUGUCUAAAUUUUACAGUCUAGACAAGAAUCCUUUGAUCCAUUUUGUGUUGUAAUGGUGGCUGGGAAGCUCCACCACCUACCUGCAGAAUGAUCAAUAAUAAAUUAUUGUUUGCUUCACUCAA